UUUAUAUGGCAUCUCAAGCUAUGGGAUAUAAGCAUAUCAUUUUUAUGCACGGAAUUUUGGCUGGACCUUCUGAAUUUGAUUACUACAACCAACUUGUGCAGCAAUACCACCCAGGGACCCCAUCAACGCAAGUCAACCUCUACAACUACAAGGACAGUAUAGUUGAUAUGUGGACACAAGUUGUCAAAAUAGCUGACACUGUGAGGCCUAUCUUAUUGAACACAUCUUCAGAAGGAACAAUCUUAGUUUGUUUUUCUCAAGGUGGUCUAAUUUGCCGAGCACUGCUGGCUACAAUAAAUCACAAUGUCCAAACUUUCAUCAGCCUAAGCGCACCAUUAGCUGGUCAGUAUGGAGAUUCAGAGUACCUGAAAUAUUUUUUCCCAAAUCUACUUAAAGAGAAUGCUUACAAGCUGUUCUAUACACCCAUGGGUCAGGAUGUAUCAAUAGGAAGUUACUGGAAUGAUCCUAGGCAACAAAAGAUGUUUAAAGAAUUCUCAAACUUUCUGGCUGUGUUAAAUAACCAAUCAACUGUGGUGAAUCCAAAAAGUCAAGAAUUCCGUUCCAAUUUCCUGAGACUGAAAAACCUGGUUUUAGUUGGGGGACCAGACGAUGGUGUAAUCACACCGUGGGAAUCCAGCCAGUUUGGAAUGUACAAUGCCACUGAUGCAGUUUUACCAAUGGAAGAACAAGAGUGGUAUCAAAAUGAUGCAUUUGGUCUAAAAACCAUGAACACCCAGGGUCGUAUAUUAAAGUUUGUAUUUAAGGGGAUACAACACAGGCACUGGCACUCAGAGUUGCAGGUCUUUGAGAAGUGCAUAAAGCCCUGGCUUUAAAUAACUGGACCAUGCCCACAGAAGAGAACUUUUCCAAUAGAAGCUUUUGCUUUCUUUAAACAUGUUGAAUGCUUUUUGUUUUUCCAAGUCUUUUUAAGUCAGGAGUUAAAUAAAACCAAAGAGUAGAUGGUCGUGAGAUGAGGUAUAUCUAGUUCAAAGAUUUUUUUAAUUCAUUUAAUUUAUUUAUUACAAGCAAAAUAUGGA